AUGUUCAUGGGUUCAGCUUCGGACUAUUGCAGCCCAGAUGGAUCCUCGUAUCAAGCUCACGUGGCAAGACUCCCGCCGAUUGCCCAAAACAAGGAGAUCACUUUAAUGGAUUGGCAAAACACAGAGCCUGGGGUCCAGUCAGACGAACCAGGAGCGGCGCUUUUGCCUGCGAUUCAGGUCACUCCGUCGCCCGCAGACGACUGCAACAGUAUCGACAUUGGGCUCAGGGAGCCAUGUUGGAUGCGGCGGGUGGACCCACAGUCGAACCCAGGCAGCUACGGUCCCCUGUGGCUGCAGCGGGCCGCGUCGAUCUCCCGCAAGCUUGUCAACCAACCUUCCUCACACUCCCUGGGGAAAGUCAAAUCUCAAAGUCCCCAUCACCCACAUUCCAUAUACGCCACCAUGGAACUAAUUGAAACGGACAUUCGCAAGACAACUCAAGACCCAGAAGAGCAGAGUCUCUUCCUCAUCAACGCAUGGCCCACUCUGGAUGCAACGGAUUCAUCACAAGACGACUUUGACAAACUCUCGGGCAUCCACUGCAUGGUGGUCCUGGUCCGGAUGAUCAACAGCAUGCUUCCCGCCGAGGACAGAGGACAACGAUCUACGUCACGGCGCAACGACGUCAACCCCUUCAUGACGCGGACAUGGCGCAAUGCGCCGCAAAACCUCAAGAGCGACCCCUUUGUACGGAUGAUUAAGAAAUGGGGGCCACAAUGCGAAUCCCUCAAGUUUCGGAACCUCGUGCAGGCGGAGCGCAUGAAUUCGACCCUCUGGGCAAGGCAUGAUCAGGGCUUGUUCGACAAGAUGAUCUGGCACCCUGAACAAGGUGUUCGAGUAGACGCCACGUACGAAAACGACCUUCUCGAUAUUUCAGGGGCACCAAAGGACAUUGCCGCAACAAUUGAGUCGAUGAGCUGUACGCUCGUCAACGACGGACCCGAGACGUUCUGCUACUUGCCGCGGAUCUCCAUGUACGCACGCUUCCUCUACACCCCCGACGCCGACAGGAGCGACGACGAUGCCAAGGAACUACGAUUCCUCACAAUUCGGGACGAGCGUCCAGAGGCCGAGAACCCCACGCGAUAUGUCUUGUUCGUCGCUGUCCGACUCGGCACGGACGAGGAGGACGCUGACCGCAUCCGUGUCUUUCGAUGCGACGGCUCGCCGUACCCGCCUCCAGUCUCCGACGAGUACGCCAGACUUGACUGGAAAGUCGGCGCGCCAGGUCACACCUACUUUCUGCUGUAUUGUAGGAGUGAUUGGACCACAGACAUUGCCGACAAUGAAGUGUCCAGCCCUGAUCCCGGAUCGCAGUUGUUGCGGGAAAACACUUUACAAGUGUUCGGAGCGGGAUUGCAGCCAACACCGCAAGCCGUCCCCCGAACUGGGGCGGUCCCAACGCGCCUCCCAGCCGUCCUCCGAACUGGGGCGGUCCCGCCAUCGUACAAUUACGGAGGAGAGUACGAAGACCACUAUGAUGACUACGACGACUAUGACGACUAUGACGAUGGCCCUCGUGGACGCCCACAGCAGCAGCAACGCCCUGGCCCUACGUGGCAGCAGCAACACCGGCAAGAGCCGUCGUAUGCGUACGGAAGAAACCCCGACGACUACUAUGACAGUGGUCCUCGCGGACAGCCGCAGCGGCAGCAACAUCGUGGCCCAACGUGGCCCCAGCAACAACCGCCCCGGGGGGGUCAAGGUUACUACGGCUAUAACAACUGA